AAUAUGUUUCUGACGAGACAGUCUGAUGAAUAUUAAGGUUAUAGAUAGAUACAUGCAGAUAAAAAGUAAUGAGAAUGACCGUCAAUGUUUAUGCGAAUGUUUUUAUUAUCUAUAUGACUGAAUAUUUUCGACUUCUGUUAUCAAUCCUUUAGUAGGACUGACAGUCAUUUAACGAUUUACUAAUGUUCACGUUAAAAAUUCGAUCGCCUGAUUCAAUGCAGGUCGCAUCUACUACGAGAUUGUUUCGCGUUACUAAAUUGUUGCGAUCGUCUUUACAAAAGUCGAACAAUUUUCCUUCGCGUUUACAGUGUAACGUACAUAUCGGAAAAUUGGAUGCCACAAUGGCUAAGCAAAUUUUCAAUGGUCAAAGUGAUCAUUAUAAUGGUAUAACGAUUGAUUCGGCAGAAGAGACUUGCGACAGUAAAAUAUUUGCGCAACGUCUUAGAGAUUCCUUAGAACAAUGGGUGAAGGAUAAAAAGCGCACUAUAUGGUUUCGCGUGCGUAUACCUCAUACAGAAUGGGUUCCAAUAUUAACAAAGCAAGGGUUUGUAUUUCAUCAUGCAAAAGAGGAAUAUGUCAUGUUGUAUCGUUGGUUGCCUGUUGAUGAACAUUGCAAUGUUCCAAAAUACGCACAUACAAUUCUAGGAGUCGGUGCAUUUGUGUAUAAUAAGGAAUCUGAUGAAAUCCUUGUUAUCAAGGAAAAAUAUUCCAUUAAUAAAGCAACUUGGAAACUUCCAGGUGGCUAUGUAGAACCAGGAGAAAACUUUGAAGCAGCAGCUAAGAGAGAAGUUUUGGAGGAAACAGGAAUUCAAGCAGAUUUCAAGUGUUUAAUAUCUUUCAGACAUGGACAUGAUUACUCCUUUGGAUGUUCAGAUAUAUAUAUGGUUGCAUACUUAACUCCACGGAAUUUUGAAAUUCAGAAAUGUAAACGAGAAAUUUUAGAGUGCAAGUGGAUGAAGUUAAGUGAAUUCAUGCAACAUCCAGAGGUACAUGCAAAUAAUAAAACAUUUGCAAUGAAAACUGUAGACUUUCUUAGACAUCAAAUGGGUAUGGUUGUCAAUUAUGGAAGUCAUUCUAUUACUAAAAAACAGAUAUGUGUUUACAGUGUGGAAAAUAUAAACACUGAUACUACAUCUGUAGAGUAAGUUUUCUAUGAAGUAGC